UUGAACUACCGAUAUCUAGGUCAGGGGUUGAUCAUUAAUCCAUUGUAGUGUGUCUGUAGUCGUAGCAGCUACAGUCGCAUAUGACAUAUUUUAUCAGAGAAUUGCUAGAAUCAGCAGAAAGAUGUCAACAGGACACGGUCAACAUUACAAGGAAUGUCAACGGUGUACCGGGGAAAUUAAAGAUGCUGUGCAGUGGCAUUGCACGAAACACAACCUUAACCUUUGCGACACUUGCAAAGACACCCACAAGACAAACCAGUGUGACAUCAUUCGUUACAUUGAUAAGUUCAGAGAAAACCUUAACCCCAACCCAGUAUUGACCAAGGAAGUUACGUGUCCUUUUAACUUUCUGAGAGAUAUCGGAAGCGGCGGUCAUGACCAGUUUUGGAUUUUAAGUUCAAGAAGUAAAGAUCUUAAACUCAUGGAUGCUGAAGGUAAAGAGUUGAGAAACGUGACAACUUCCGAUACUCCAUGGCGUUUGGCUGUGUCAUAUGACCGGAAGUUCGUAUUUUAUACAGAUAUCAGAGCAAAGGUCGUUAUGAAAGUGGACGCAAAAUCUGGAAAAAUAUCAAAGAUGUUUUCUACAGGAGAAUACGAACCCCGGGGAAUAGGUGUCUGCAGGUCAGGGGAUCUUUUAGUAUGCCUUUAUAGUACAAGCAGUAGUAGUGGCAAAGUUGUAAAGUAUAACCAAAACGGGAAAGAAAUACUGGAAGUGGAGUACGACCAAAAUAGGCGAAGAAUUUACAUGAAACCACAAUAUGUUAUAGAAAACAAAUAUGGCAGAAUAUGUGUUUCCGACUAUGAAAGGCGCGAGGUCAUUUUAGUUCAAGAAAAUGGAGAAUUUCUUUUUUCUUACGACGGAAAUAAGGCACAAGGUCUUGUGGAACAGUUUGUACCUGAGGGUAUUGCUACAGACAGCCGAGGAAACUACCUCGUAGCUGAUUACUGGAACAAUACCGUGCACGUCAUUAAAGAUAAUGGUGCGUUCGUUUGCUAUUUAUUGUACGGGAAAAUCGAGGGACCAACAGGCAUUGCGAUAGAUGACAGAGACCAGCUCUGGGUCUGUGAAUACAGCACUAGUAGUGGGAUUGUCAAAGUCAUGUCAUACCUUCAGUAGAGACAUAGAUCAUGAGCCAUUAAUGUUUGAAUUAACAGUAU